GAUUCCAGCAGAUGGUCCAGAAACUUUCCUCCUGGAGUCACGUCUCCCUUCCAGCUCCCUGUCUCUUUCACUUCUCACCCCUUUCCUCCUCUGGACUCCAGAAACCUGCAGCUCCUCUCACCCUGAUCAUCUCAAACAAGCUUCAGAGGGACUAACUCAGAGCUUUUUGAUUCUUCACCAUUCCCCCAACCCCUUCCUCUCCUGCCGCUGCUCCCCACACAGGCUGUGCUCAUCUCCCUUCCUUCAUUUGGACCCAGAAACCUUUUUUAAACCUCUUCAUCUGUGGGAUCAGACAUCUGGCUCCUGUGCUCUGCGGGGACCGUGGAGCCAACCAUGCCCUCCGACUUUCUAUCACCAUUCCUGGAACUGGAUGAGGAGUUCUGCAAGAAUUUCCGCGGCCUGGAGGCGACAGAUGGCCCAUCUGCCGGCUCAAUGCAGCAACGGCAGCAGCACAGUCAAAGAGUCCUGGGCUUCCAGCGCCGCCAUUCUCUCUGCCCUGUGACCCUCCCCAACUCCAAGUUCAACAACAGCAGCAGCAGCAGCAGCAGCUCGGAGCUGACGGACCCGUCGGCCGGCUGGGGGAUCAGUGUGGCCUCCAGCCAGCAGUGGAGCAGGGAGGGUCAGCUGCCCCGCUCCACCCUCAGCCACAUCCCCUUCAGAGUCGACCGCUCAGUCAGCAUGAUCGAGGGCCACGGCGGCAGCUCGGGAGUUAGAGAGGACAAAAUGUCAAACAUCACGUCGCCAACCGUGCUGCUGCCUCCACCGGGUUUCAACAUCAGCAGCACCUCCCUCUCCUCCCCGGUAGCCAGACCCACCGCCCCCUCACCUCACAUCUCCACCCGAUACAAGACUGAACUCUGCCGCACCUUUGAGGAGAGCGGGACCUGCAAGUACGGCGCCAAGUGCCAGUUCGCUCACGGCAUGGACGAGAUGCGAGGCCUCAGCAGGCACCCCAAGUACAAGACGGAGCCCUGCCGCACUUUCCACACAAUCGGCUUCUGCCCGUACGGCGCCCGCUGCCACUUCAUCCACAACGCAGAUGAGCUCGACGCCGCCCCCCCACAGAAGCAGAAGCUGCGUCACAGUCUCAGCUUUGCAGGCUUCUCCUCCACACAGAUUUUCCAACCAGUCGAGGAGUCGCAGCCUUCCUCCCUCCUCUUCACCCGAGCCUGCUCUGUCUCCCCUCCUCCGUCCUCCGCAGGGAGCCCAGAGCUCCUGUCCCCUCUCUACCCUGAGCAGGGAUCACUGAAGCCAUUCCCCUACUCCUUCUCAGGCAUCACCGACCUGCCAGGGGACUGCGGGGACUCGACUCUGCGCUUCUAUGCUGUGAACGACUCCAUCAGCUCCAUCAGCUCCAAGUGUCCCAACUCAAACUUCCCCUCCAAAAACCCAAACCUGCCGUACCACCUCCCCCAGCAGCUGCCAGUCUCCUUGAGCGGCCUGUCCGGCCUCCAGCGCUGCUCCUCAGCAGACUCCCUCUCCGAGGAAGGCUACACCUCCUCCUGCUCCCUCAGCUCUUCCUCCAGCGGAGCAGAGUCACCGAGCUUCGAGGGCCGACGUCUGCCCAUCUUCAGCCGCCUGUCUGUCUCAGACGAGUAGGAGGGGGGGUUACUGUAGGGCUGAGUUUAAUCAGGGAUGGAUGGUCUAAUUGUUUUAACUCUCAAGUCUGGUUUUUGACUCCAUUGUCCAAACUAAACAUUUUAAAACACACAAGAUUAAAACAUUAGGUUUUUUAGUUCCUCGCCAAACGCAGCCCGGUAAACGUACCUAACUUUGUGCAUAUUGCAUUUCUCAUCCAAGCAGUUGUAGCGCUGCUCAGUGUUCGUCCAGUUUUAGCCGACUCCUCUUUUUGUUUUGUGCUUUAUUGUUAUUUUUGUAAGCGUGUUCCUGUUAUGCCAUUGUUACUGCUGUAUACUGUUGUAUACCCAUUUUAGAGAAUCCUCAGAGGGUACGUCACUUAGCUCAGCAUCCGACCUUAUGCUGCUCAGUGGGAAGUCUCGUGUGAGAACUUCCUGUACCCUGAUUUAAGAACGAUGUUAAGAUUGGUGCUGUUUGAUGUAUGACUGCUGAGAUGUCCACUUUUUUAAAAAGCAAUAUUGUUUGUCGCAGGUCUUGUUUCUUAUCGACAGUUUCGGUGGUGCAGCCGUUCUCCAUCUGUUAGAAACUGUCGCUGAGUAAGAGAGUUAAAUUACUGUAUGUUGUCUCUGAUUGGAUAACUGCUAGUUUGGAGCUGUCGGACAUUUCUUCGGAUCCGGCUCGACUGCCUUGGCCCAAGUGUAGGAAACCCACUGACUCUAGUUACCAAAGUUGAUGUUAGAGUUCCCCUAACCUCCUAGUACUGUUAACACUUAGCUUACCACCGUGUUUUGACAAUUGUUUUUAUUGCUUAACACUUUUUCGACCUAUUUAUUGCUGUUUUGUAAGAUUCGCUGUUUGCUUUGUGAUUGUGUUUAUGCAUUUUUGGAAACGAUGCUUUGCUGAAGCAUCCACGACGUCCAUCUGCUUGGUUUACACGAUCCAGGAGCUUUAAGAAGGCUCGCGGGGGGGAGAGGAGCGGAGGAAGACAUUUUGGCAUUCUACAUGUAUGUGGCCUUAUUGGCUAAUCGAGGCCUGGCAGGAAUCAGGACUCGCUGCGUUCUCACGUCAGCAGCAGCUCCAUUCCCCGUCUAUACAUCAGCUGCAUCACAACCUCUGGGAGACGCUGCUGCUGGUGUGAGCACACAGAGUCCACUCUCCUCUCCUCCGAGCCUCACACAUCUGACUGUAAUAACCUUGUUUUUUAUAAAUGCUGUUAUCUGAACACAGAGCGGUGGUGAAAGUCUCCACACAUUCACGGCCUCAGUAGAAGUUUCAUCAAAAGAGUUAACGUUUCAUCUCACAUGUUGAAUCUGAGCGUCCCCGUUCUGCAUGGCGGCCUCUUGUGGGCGCUGCCCUCUUCUCCCGUGAUGUCGACACACAGGUGGAAAUGUGACCCUUUGUUUGAAGUCCCAUUUUUUUUAUCUAUCAGAGUUGCCUUGAUGACAAUGUGUUUGUAGGUCGACUCCCGUUGCAGGCGAGCGAGCGAACUCUGCGAGCGGCAGGUGGAAUCAAGAGAGUUCAAAUGAAAUCAGGCAAAAUGUUGUUUACUGUUUGUUUCUGCUCCACUUGCCCGGAACAGCCCAGAGACGCUUCCUGUGGUCGUUUUUUGUAACUGUUGUUAACUUAAAGUCUUAUUUAUUUUGUUUUUCAAAGCGAAACCUAUAUUGUGUUGUUUGAUAUUGUGGUUUUUGUUUGACAUAAUUUAAGUGCAUUUAUUGUUUACAUUCCACUGGGUUAUGUUGAUAUCCUAGCUCUUUAUCUUAAUAUAUUUGUCCAUCUGUAUUUCAAAAUAAAAGUCUUUGAAACCUUAAA